AAACGCACACGCAUACUUGUCAUGUAAAGAAGAGGAAUAUUAUCAUGGCGACACCAGCAAUGGGUAAAAGCGAGGAAAGCAAUGAAAUUACAGUACACGCAGGCGAGUUAACUUUUCUUACAAAGACAACAAGCGAGGCCAGUAAGAUGCUAGAAGCUGCUUUGUUACAAAUGGAUGACAUUAUUUCUGGAGCUUGCAAUGAUAGUACUAACGAAGGAAGUACAGAAUGGAAAGAUUCCGUUAAAGAGGCUGCAAGAAAUCUUGUAUCUGCUAUUAAAAGUGCACCGUGUCCUCCUGCUGCUCCUGAUGUAGCAACCUGUGAAAUUUUAUUGCAGUGGAUGCAACCGGAACGUUUAAGGAAAUUAGAAAAUGAACGCGGAGCAUUACGUAUGGAAGUAUCAGUUUUGUCUGACCAGGUGGAUGCACAGUCUACUAAAAUACAAGAAUUGGAAACGUUGCUUAGGGAGAAGAAGGAUUCUCUCAGGAGAAUGGAAGAGGCAUUACAAAAAGAAGUACUGUCAAGAAGUGCUUUGGAAACACAAAAGUUAGAACUGUUAAGUUCUUUGUCAGAAAUGAAGCUCAGACAAACGAAUUUAGAACACGAAAAUCUCGCACUACGUAAUGCAGGUCUUGUGUCAAACGAAGAGAGAUUCGGAAGGCAUACCAGCCAAUAUAGUAGUCUUCCUAGGCCGCCGAGUUCUUCAAAAAAAGGCGUAGUAUUCGGUAAGGUUUCAAGUUUAGCUUCAGGAGCACACACGACGGUACCACUGGCCAUUAGAGGAAUCUCCGCGAGAUGCCUGUCUGCGCCUACUCUAGCCGAGGAAGAGAAAACAAUCAUAGGUGACUCGAAGUCUGGAAUAGAAACUCAAAAACCUUUGGCAGAUCUCUCGAUGGAGGAGAUUGAAGACUGGCUUGUAAAUCUAGGAUUAGAAUGUUAUGCGGGCGAAUUGAGGCGAUGGGGUGCCACUGGAUCAAAAUUACUCGACUGUUCGCAACAGCAAAUAGAAAGAGAAUUAGAAAUUAAGAAUGUUCUUCAUAGGAAGAAAUUGUUGUAUGCAAUAGAGUCAGAAAAAUAUGGCGGGCUUGAAUUUCUUGGCUCUGAUAAGAUGGAUAAUGCAGCAGUUUUACGAUGGCUUGAUGAUAUUGGUUUACCACAGCAUAAAGAUGCUUUCCAAAAUGGCAAAGUUGAUGGUAGAAUGUUACAUAGGCUAACAACCGAGGACCUUCUAACUCUUGGAGUUACUGCACAGUUACAUGCUGCAAGCCUUAGACGAGGAAUUCAGGUUCUUCGAGAAUUAAAUUUUGAGUUCGAUGACCUUGAAAGAAGAUCUACAAAUGGUAAUGGAGCAGACGGUAGUAACGUUCGUCUCUGGACAAACCAUCGUGUAAUGGAGUGGCUUAGAGUGAUCGAUUUGGCGGAAUAUGCGCCUAAUAUGAGAGGAUCUGGAUUACACGGGGGCUUAAUGGUGUAUGAAGGCAGAUUUACUUCCGAAUUAUUGGCCACAUUGCUUAGUAUUUCUCCCGGAAAGACUCUCCUCCGUAGACAUUUGACGACACAUUUCAAUCAAAUUCUUGGUAGAGAAGUUGUGCAAAGGAAAAGGGAAAUCGAAAGCACUCUUGGAUUCGUUCCUCUUACGCUAACUGCUCGCUUGAAGGUACCAAAGAAAUCUCAGUUCACGUUGAAGCGUAAAAAGAGCAAAAAUGAAGCGGAUUAUGGUAAUUUGGUUUGCCCCCUGGAAUCUUCGCCACCGGGCACCCCAUCAACCCCUACUUCGACUCCAGGCAGCCCUAACUUGAAUUCACCCACAUUCUAAUCACAAGUCACAGAUUCUUAAUCUCGUCAAAGGGAAAAAGCAAUCACAGAAGAAUAAUUGGCUGUUUUUUAAAAAUUUCUGAGCAAAAACAUAAACAAAAUAUACAUUUUUGGGACCAUCUUACUUCAACUUUAUAGGAUAAAUUUUAUUCCAUAAUUUCAAACACCCACAAAGGUGUUACUGU